AUGUUGUUAAUCCUACUUUUAAUUCAUCUCCCAAGCUUUUCAACUUUCGAAAGUUCAUUCAAAAUGAUACGGGUAUUUGGAAGACCAGUUGAGUUGAGCGGGACAGUUGAGUUUAACUUGUCAAUUGAUGAGUGCACUGACAACUGCUAUGAUGACGACAACUGCUCGCUAUCUUAUUACAUUCACUCAAAGUGUUAUCAAUACAACUAUGGCACAAUGAACAUCCAAGUUUUGGAUAAAUCUACUGAGGACAAGAUAAUUACCAACGGAUGCCCCAGAACAAAUCCUCUAGCCGGAACUGGUAUCGUAGCAAAUGACAAAUGGAUUGAUGAAGCAGGUGGUCAUGAGAAUAUAAUCAGUUCAGAUGGAAACAUUUGGAGUGUUGAAUACAAUAAGUUUGUCUGCACAAAUGGAACUCGUAUGUUUCUAAGAAACUCCACAUUUGUAUGCAUCGGUGUUCGGUUUUUCGUUGAUAAAACAUGUGCUGCCCAUGAUUAUGCAGUGAACUUCUGCGUUUCGGAAGGAUUCGAAAGUAUUACAGGCCCAUUCCAGCCAAGUGAAUUGGAAUUUUUGUUAGAAGAUCGCACAAGAGCAGCCAAGGAAUACGGUGACGUCGGAAAUUAUCAAUCCUAUGUGUGGAUUGACGGUAAAAAUGGCAAGUAUCAGGACCCAGCUCUACAGGCAAGCUACAAUUCCGAUGUGAUGUGCGCAUAUGCUGAUCAUUCAAAUUGUGCGUAUUUCGGUGACAAAUCGUGCCCAUCUGUUGAUUCGUACGGAUGCACAAAUUGGAAAAACUAUGACUUCUGUUUUAGAGGUACUGCUUGUUGGAUGAAGCCAUCAAAACUAAAUUGA